AUGGAAAGCAUAGAUAACUCAACGAAUUCUAAAGGAAAAAAUGUAAGAAAAUCUAGAGGUUCUUCUCAUACUGAUGAUGGUGGAGAAGGCAGUAGGUCUAGGAGGUCGUGGAGGAUAAAUGAAGAACGGGCUCUGUUAAAUUUGUUAAAGGAGUUAAGUCAGGAUCCUAAGUUCAAGCAAGAUAACCAGUGGAAAGGUGGUUACUUGGCUGAACUACAAGUUAGGCUAAAGGCCAUUUUCCCCAAUACAGAUUUGAAAGCUGUACCGCAUAUCACUUCAAAGAUGGAUACUUGGAAGAGGUUUUACAAUUGUCUUCAAACUUUGAUGAAUAACACUGGAUUUGGUUGGAAUGAUAGACUAAAGAUGAUUGAGUGUGACAGUGAGGAGGUAUGGGCCGAGUUUGAAAAGAAAGACAAAUAUGUAAAGUAUGUGAGAGAUAAAUCCAUGCCAUACUAUGAUGAUUGGGUGGAAAUUUGGGGAAAAGAUAGAGCCACCGGGGAGUAUGCCCAGUCACCUGCUGAAAUACUCCAAGACUUGAACAAUCAUCAAGAACAACAACCAAGGGAGGACGAGGUUAACAAUUUGGAGGAGCAAGGAGAGGAAGCUGCAUCAACUGAGACUAUCCCUAAUUCUAGCAAGAGUGGGAGUAAGAAGAAGAGGAGGAUGAGAGCAGAUAACUCUUCAAAUGAGCUUUCAAUUGUUAGUGAUUCUAUUAACAAGCUGUCAGAGACAAUGGAGAAAAGUUUGUGCUCAAUUGGUGACAAAUUAGGAAAGAGAUCAUUACAAAGGGAAGAAUUAGCCAAAUUUCUGGAUGCUGUCCCAUUUGCAAACAUAAAUGAGAGGUUCAUGGUUGCCAGUGAAAUUGGAAGAAAGCCAGAAUUACUUGAUCAUUUCUGCAUUAUUGCUCCUGCUGGAGGAUUGAUAUGAUUAACUAUGUCCUUAGUUAUUUACAAUAGUAUUGGGAUAUUAACUGUUUGGUAAAGACACGUAAUAGCUAUUUUGAUUUUGAUGUAAUUAGCUAUGUCCUUAGUUAUUUGCAAUAGGUUGGGAUAUUAACUAUUUGGUACAGACAUGUAAUGGCUAUUCGGUUUUGAUAUGAUUAACUAAUUGUUUGGU